GGGCUGUACGUUCUGCAGCCGUUGCUGUUGCACAACCUCGUCGACCUGGACCAGAUGACGGAUGCGCUCGGCUUCACUCUGUUCGCCAACGGCAUCGGCUUCUUCCUGGGCACUCCGUUGAUGAGUUGUCUCUACGACUGGUCUCGCGAUUACGCCUACUCCUACAUGCUCUGCGGUCUGCUGGUGCUGGGCCGGGUCGUCAUCGAGACCGGCUUGGUCGUGUCUGACUGGUGGGCGAAUCGCCGUCUCAGGCGAUUGCAUCCGGGCCUGAGGGUGAUGCCCGGCUUCGGGUCGAGGAUGUCCGCCCAACUUCGACCGUCCACUUGGCGCUCCAGCCAGACGGCCUCCGUCGUCGGUUGCACUCGGAACGCCGGUGGAAGUAUUGUAGGGUCGACGGGGGUCGUCAAUUAG